CGUCUUUUUUUUUUACCUAUAUAUAAAAGACCUUAGACUUCUCUUCGAUUCCUCAAAGAGAAAGCAAAAGAAAGGAAAAAAGGAGUCAAAAGGAGAACAGUGAAGAAGUAAAAGGUUGCGAAAUGGCUGACGUUGCUCCGGAAAACGCCGGUGGUCAUUUUGGAGAUUUUCCGGCGAUUCAUACGCACGGUGGUCAAUAUAUUCAGUAUAGUAUUUUUGGAAAUUUAUUUCAGAUAACGUCUAAGUAUCGGCCUCCGAUCAUGCCGAUCGGUCGUGGAGCCUACGGCAUCGUUUGCUCGGUGUCGAAUUCGGAGACGAAUGAGAUGGUGGCGGUAAAGAAAAUCGCCAACGCUUUUGAUAAUCACAUGGACGCUAAGCGUACGCUUCGUGAGAUUAAGCUGCUUCGACAUUUGGAUCACGAAAACGUUAUUGCAAUUAGAGAUGUGAUUCCUCCGCCUUUGCGUAGAGAAUUUACUGAUGUCUACAUUGCCACAGAACUCAUGGAUACUGAUCUUCACCAGAUCAUUCGCUCCAAUCAGAGUUUAUCUGAGGAGCAUUGUCAGUAUUUCUUAUAUCAGAUUCUUCGAGGACUUAAGUACAUACAUUCUGCUAAUGUGAUUCAUAGAGAUUUGAAACCCAGCAACCUCUUGCUGAAUGCGAAUUGUGAUCUUAAGAUUUGUGACUUUGGUCUUGCUCGACCUGCUGCUGACAAUGAGUUCAUGACUGAAUAUGUUGUCACGAGAUGGUAUAGGGCACCAGAGCUGUUGCUGAACUCUUCGGACUACACAGCUGCCAUAGAUGUGUGGUCCGUUGGUUGCAUUUUUAUGGAGCUCAUGAAUAGAAAGCCUCUAUUUCCUGGCAAAGAUCAUGUGCAUCAGAUGCGUCUAUUGACUGAGCUGCUUGGCACACCAACUGAAUCUGAUCUUGGGUUCCUCCGAAAUGAGGACGCAAGAAGAUAUAUCAGGCAGCUCCCUGCACAUCCUCGCCAACCAUUGACAAAUGUUUUCCCACAUGUUCAUCCAUUGGCUAUUGAUCUCAUCGAAAGAAUGUUGACAUUUGAUCCCACCAGAAGAAUUACUGUUGAAGAAGCAUUGGCCCAUCCUUAUCUUGAAAGAUUACACGACAUAGCUGAUGAACCAGUCUGCACUGAGCCAUUUUCUUUCGACUUUGAGCAGCAACCAUUGGGAGAAGAGCAGAUGAAGGACAUGAUUUACAAGGAGGCCAUAGCUCUGAAUCCAAAUUAUGCUUAAUCAAAUGUACUUUUCCUGUUUGGUAUCGAUAGAUACUUCUAUCCUCUAAAUGCCCCAGUUCAAGUAAUGUUUGGCGAAAAAGUUCAUGGUGGCUGAUAGAUAGCAACCAGAAUAGGCUGGUGGGAUGCAAACUGAGACAUCCUAUUUUUGCAUCUGCAGUUUCUUUGGGGUAUCUUUGCUGAGUUUGCACCUAUGACUGCCCAUUGAUUUUAGUUUUCAUGAGGUGAUUCCUUCACAAGCUUCACAAGCCACCCUGUAAAUUUUGUGUUGUCUCCACUUCUGAUAUGUGUUUAUUUGUUAUUUGUUUAAUCUCUUCUGGCUGUAUCAAAUGCAUUUUUUUUGUGCGUUGUAUUUUAUUCUAGUGUGACCUACGCAAAAGAUCCUGUUGUAACAAAUAUCAGUAAUUCCGUUAUUCUGUAUAACAUCAUCGAUCAACUCGAGUUUUGUAUGUCAAAAUUCAUGUUAAGUCGAAGUUGAUAUACUGUUGAAUGUCUUUGCCAUA